UGUAAUUUUUAAUUUUUUGUUCAUCUAAUAGAGCGUAAUUUUAAACGUUUACAUUAAAAAUGUUUUAUAGAGCCCAAGCAUAGAGUCCUGUGGCGGCCAGAGCGUUCCAAAUUUAAACUAGUGCUGUUCCAUGUAUAAAUAAAGAACUAAGUGAUGAGUUGAGUGGCAAACGUUUCGUGUUCCAUGUUCAUACUGUGGACAUAGACAAUUGUAUAGAUUUUAAGUGAAAAAUUUUUAUGGUUAAAAAAAAAUGGGUAAGAAGAAAAAACCAAACGGAAAGAAGGGCGCUAAUAGAUUCUUUCGCUGGAUAAGAAGCGAUUUGCCCGAUGAAGAGGACAAGAAAUCGCCCGUUCUCCUUUUAGGGGUAAAUAAAAUAUCUGAUUCCCCAUUUUUCGUCAGGAGACGAGUCACUGACCCCCAUUCAUCCGGGUCCAUUAGAUUCUUCCGGCCACCAAAAUCAAAGUACACAAGAGGCUUAAAUGGAGACGAGAGAUUGGAGAAGAUCAGACAGGACCUUCUUGUCCACAAACACAAGCCGGAUAGAUACAUUCCAACCACAAAACAUGAACCCUCCUCUGAAUCAGAUACAAAACGUCAUUGUAUUAAAUUAAGCUGCGGGGGAAAUUGCAUCUGUGACCGGAACAAGUCCUCAUCAAAUAGAGGUUCUUUUUCCUUCCACAGGCCAGAAAAUCGACAUUCAUCCCUAUGUCCGUCAGAACCAUACGGUAAGGUUGAAAAAAGAGACAAUUCGGAAAAUGAAAUAGAGUUUAAAUACACCGAGCACAUUCCAGACAAUCAACCGUCUAGCAGCAAGCAAAAUUCGUACAACGUGACCCCAAAGUCGACGGAACGUAGACACUUUCUGCUCGCUAACCUCAAUGAGAGAUUCCGGAAGACGCUCAGCUUGGAUUCUCGUAAAAUUGAAACGAACCGUGUCCUAAGUCUGCCACAGGAACCUCGUCCUAAAUCGCUUGUGAAUACGAGCAAUAUUUGCGUGCAGCAAUAUAAAUCCGGUGAUCCAUUUAUAACACCAAAUUUUGACAAAGCCAGUCAGCCUAAAAAGAAAAGGAAAUCAUUUUUCUCUUUGGAUACGUUUUUCGAUUCAAAAAAAUCGGAUACCUCGUCCAUAGAUGAUUAUUGCUCUUCUAAAUACAAACGUUUUGAAUUGGAAAGCGAUGACUCGCCGCUAUUCAGACGAGAUCUAUCUAACGGCGUAAAGACGCCAGAUCUUCUGAACUUACCCGUAAUCAUUGAUUCAGUGCGUAAAAAGCAAUCAGACACGAAAAGACAAUUGGAAAAGUUAGAAAAUCAUUAUUAUAAAAGCUUAAGUAAGACACGGGCCGUUAUAGACGCCAUUCCAGCUGACGCGACGGACGUGCAUGGACCUAGCGGGCAUUCCAAUCACUUAUUCGUAUAUGAUGACGACGUGGAAUAUAUAGAACCGAUACGGAGUAACUUUACAAGUCAAAGUACUUUGAUACUUGAUAAGAAUAUAUCGGGUGAAGGCACCCUCAAACCGGAUUCAAUUUUGACUAUAAAUACAGACGAAACUGAUAUAAAACUACCUAGUUCCACGGUAUCUCCUAAAUCCAAUGAUAUCAGAAACUUGGAGAAUGAUUUCGAUAGUAUAGGUGCUUAUGAAAUAGAAGUCAAGCAGUCGGAUUUGUUAAAGGAUUGCUCCAAGAAAUUGGUGGUUAAAGUGAUGGAUAAAUCAGUGGAUUCCAUUGGUAGUUGCUCCUUGGACGUGGACGCAAGCACGGAUUAUUCAGAUACAACAUCCGGCAGUUUGAAUCUCCUGACUCCAUCGUCAACGACCAGUCGUAUUAGAGAUUUUACGUCCCGCAUACAAGAACGUGCGGCGUCCAACUUACUUCCCAACACUGCAACACCAUUAGCACCCAUCUCACCAGCUCGGACACCAGACGACCAAACACCAACACCGAGAAGGUCAGAUAACCUCCUCAGACCGCCUCCGAAGAUUCUCGUAGACACAUCAAGCCACAGAUCACGAAGUCAACAAAGGAAACGUGACGAAUUACCCCAGAAGAAACCUAGCUACCUUAACUUGGCGUGUUCAGUAAACGGCUACACAAAUUUAACAACAUAUGAUUCGAAAUUGCGCCAGGAUAUAAACAAAAGCCGCGAGGCAUCUCCCAUUCGACCGAUCACACACAAUUACCAGUACAGAAGUGAAAAUAACUCUCUACUUGUCCCAGUUCCUGUCAGUGCUAAUAAACUGCUCGUGCCGACCUUCGGACCUCAUGAUACUCGCACGAAUUUGACACCAAAAGCGCCUUCCAAGGCGCACACCGACCCUCACAUAGCUUCACCGGUGCAUGCCUUCAUGGCUGCCGAAAAUAAACAGCUUAAAAACGAUUUUUUAGGCCCAAGUAUGACGACUGCAAGUCGUCCAUAUAUAUCGAACGAAAGCAAGACCUUCGCUACGUCGAUGUUACAUCAGAAAGACGAGGUGGAUAACGCAAAGGAAGUGACGUUUAAAUCGAGUUAUUCGGAGACUAAUUUCAGACAAUCCGUCACAACCAAUGGUAAAGAAACGAGGUUAACAUCUGAGUCGUACACGAUAUCCUCAAAUGGGGUGUCGAAACGGGUCGAAAUAACGAAGGAAAAUGGCGAAAAGUUGACAAGUCCAAUGAAAAGUUUUAUACAGCAACGCGUCGAACGCCUAUACGGACCGGGUGCGCUUGCUCAAGGAUUUUUUAACCAGAAAAGGCACAAAUUGAAGAGUUCCAGCGAGGACGACGACCUGAAAGUAUUGACGGAGAAAUCUCUGAAUUGUCCAAGCGAACGAUUCGUCUCGCCCCGCAAAUCGAACGAAAGCUUCGACAGCGAGAACAUUUACACGAGUCCGACGAACGAGGACCCGACAGUUCUGCCCGUGCUGAGGCAUCUGAGGCCGGAAUUCCGCGCGCAACUACCAAUCCUGUCUCCGAGGAAGAGUUUGAAAUCUGACCUCUCCCCUCAGAAAAUAGAACAAGACAUUCCGGAACCAUUGAAGACUGAAGUUGAAGAGGAGAAAAUUAGUGAUGUGACAAACGGUGUUUCUGUGAUAAAUUUAGACAAUUCAAUUAAAGAACCGGUAAAUGGUAUGAACGGUGUUGACAAAGCCAACGGUGAAGUGAUUAAAGACGCGUAUUAUUUCAUAGAUUUGGAAAAGAAAGAGACUGAAAGGUUGAUCGCGUUGGCUGUUGGAGCAGAGAAAGAGCUGGAGAGUUUACAGAAUAAUGAGAAUAUAAGCGAAGAAGUGCUUGGAUUACUGCGCGCUGCUUCAGGCAAAGCACGAUUAUUGGCGACGCAGAAGAUGCAACAAUUCGAAGGCCUCUGCUACAACAAUAUAAACGAACGUGGUGACGAACAGUUCCCCACCACGCUCGAAGAUCUCCAGGGUUUCUGGGACAUGGUGUGUCUGCAGGUCAGGAAUGUGGAAGCGCUCUACGAGCAUUUGAAUUUGCUCCGUGCUAACAACUGGCAGGAAACAGCGGCGCCGGCGGCGCGGCGCGCCCCGCCCCCCGCGCGCCGCGCCCGCGCCCCCGCCGCGCCCGCGCCGCCCAACGAGAAGGCGCGGCUGGCGGCGCAGAAGAGGGAGGCCGACCGCCGAGCCAUGCUGGAACACCGCAGACGUGUAGCGCGUGAGAGACAACUUGCGACGCGCUCGACUCCGUCUGCGAGUGAGCGAGACAACGACACUGCAGUUGAGGGCAGUCAGGAGGUAGAAAUCUUUGUAGGCAAAAGUGCAAAAUCAAUGGUCGCCCAAGGAGACUGUGCCAGUCAUGUCUCCGAAGAAUCCAUCGGACAGAGCUGAUUUGCUUGUGACCUCAUAGAAUAUAUUAACCGUCUUAAACAUAAUCAGGGUCAUAAUACAUUCAUAAUUGUGAGUUUUAAUUUGCAUUUUUUUUAAAUCUACUAUCUCGAAUUAAAUGUUAAAAAAAAAAUUAAAAUUCAUCAUAUUAAAUGUAUCAUUUAUAAAAUAUUCAAUUUACUUAAAUAUAUAUAUUUUAUGCAUAUUAAAACUGCAAUAUCAAUUUGUCUAAUAAUGUCUCAUUCUGUAUUUAUUUUGCUAACAUUCAGUUAGGUCCAUUUUGAAAUUAAGUAGCAUAAUAUUUAGGAUCGUUGCUUAAUAAUCAAAUAGAAUAAAAGCUUUACUGCCAUUUACGUCACUGUCACAGAUUAUUAAUGUCAGAAUGGACAAGACUGAAACGAAAAAUCAUUCCUAUUAAAAAAAAAUGACAAUCCCAAUAUUGGCGUAAUUAUAAUCUAUAUAAAAAUUAAUACUCGUAGCGUCUGCCUGAAUUUAUUCUUAUAAUUAAAAUGCACCUUACGCUGAUGAAAUAAGGUUUAUUAUUAGAUAUAGCUUAAAGAUACUAUAACGCACCCAUUGUCAACGCAAUAUAAGUUCUUUUUGUAUAGAAGUUAACCAUUUUAUAUUGUAAGCGCUUUUAAAUAAUGGAAAUAUAUGUAAUUUUUCUUCUUUCAAAUUACAUAUUAACCUUUACAUAUAUAAGGUAUAAAUUGAAUACAAAAGUAUAUAAUAAAUGUUUAAUAUUCUUUUUUAUUCUAGAUUAUGUAAUGGCCAAGUGUAGAACGGUUUUGUAGAUGUUAAAGCUAGCGGGCUUAGACAAGUUGCUUUUGUAAAUUGAAAAUUAAUUCAUAUGUCUGUAAACAGACUGUCAAACAAAAUGAAGUAACAAAAGUCGAUUCAAUAAGUACUCAAAAUGUUUCAACCUUUUUUUUCAUUCAAUUUGAAAUUUUAUCUUAUAUUGACCAGCAAUUAGUUUUCACUACCGUUACAUUCUGCUAUAAAUGAUUUCUGCAUAUAUUGUUCCUAGUGAAUUUGAUGAUAUAACUCAAAUAUGCUUAGAAACUAGAACAGAUUGACCGCUUAAAUGUAAUAAAUGUGACAUGCUAUAAGCUAAUAGCGGUUGAAAGCUACAUACAUAUUUCUCUCUUUCUGUCAUCAGGAAUUUAACAUUAAAAGAAGAAAACAAAGCAUUAGUUAACACAAUCGCUAUACAACAUUUAUUAUUAUGGAGAUACUUUAAAUUAAUACUUCAAAUAAUUAUGUUACUUUGUCUAAGCUCGCUGAUCCCAAAUUGUAACUAAAUUCAUAAUAGAAGAAAAAUCUUACAUAUGUUUCCUAUAUUAUAUGUAUAAAAAGAUAUGACAACGGACUAUGAUCUCUUAACUAUCAAUGUUUAUGCUUGAUUUAAAAAUUGAACAUGUAUAACGAAUCUUCUAAUGUUGCUAGCACAUAAUAGUAAAUUAUACUAAAGUUGCCAGAUCAAUAAAUUGAAAAUUUAAUAGCAGUAUUAUUUGUUUAUGUAAUUUUUAUUGACGGUUAUUUCUUUACACAAGAUACUUCAAUGAAAUAUAUAGACUAACACAUUAAAGGUCGAAGCGUGGGAGAUUAACAAAAUGUAUAUAUCUGACGGGGAACGAAUAGAAAUUGGUUGUUUGAUGGCGACAAUGAAAUAGAAAGGCUGGUCCGAAUUAAUUUUCUUGUGAUUGACAUUUUGAACAUUUUUAAACAUUUUUUUGAUGUACAAUGUAUAUGUUUUUUCAAUAAUUAAAAUAUGAUAAAAGUAAA